GAUUAUUAUUAUUGAAUGCUGAUUGGCAACAGGUUAAAGAAUGGAUUAUUGAAAGAGCUGGCAAAGAAAUAAAGGUAGACAACGUGAACGGAGUGUUAAAAUCUUUUCUAGUUGAACCAUUUAUUCCUCACCCUUCACAUACUGAAUAUUAUAUAAAUAUUAAUUCCGUACGUGACGGGGAUUAUAUUUUGUUUACUCAUGAAGGUGGUAUCGAAGUUGGUGAUGUUGACGCAAAAGCAUUGAAGCUAUUGGUUCCUGUUGAUCAAGAUUAUCCUUCAUCUCAAGAAAUCAAGGAAAAAUUGCUCGUUAAUGUUCCUGAGGCCAAAAAAGAUGCAUUGAUCCACUUUAUUUCCCGUCUAUAUGCUGUAUUUGUAGAUUUACACUUCACGUAUCUUGAAAUCAAUCCAUUGGUUGUAUUAGAUACUGUAUCUGACGAUGAAACCCCAGUAAUAUAUUAUUUGGACUUGGCAGCGAAAUUAGAUCAAACUGCAGAAUUUGAAGCUGGUCCAAAAUGGGCAAUUGCUCGAGCUUCACAAAAUACUGGAAUUUUUGUUGGUCACGAGACAACAACAAAAACUCAUGCGGAUCAAGGUCCACCCAUGGAAUUUCCUGCACCUUUUGGUCGAGAGUUGACUAAGGAGGAAGCAAACAUACAAGAGUUGGACGCAAAAACAGGAGCUUCUUUGAAAUUGACAGUUCUAAACAAAGAUGGAAGAAUAUGGACCAUGGUUGCUGGUGGUGGUGCUUCAGUAGUCUACAGCGAUGCAAUUGCCGCAUUAGGAUUCGCACAUGAGCUCGCUAAUUAUGGUGAAUAUUCGGGUGCUCCAACUGAGACUCAAACUUAUGAAUAUGCGAAGACAAUACUUGAUUUAAUGACUCGUAAUCCUAUACCACAUCCGGAAGGGAAA